AGUGGAACUCCAUCUCAGACUGCAAUGAAUCUGUGUGGUUCGACAUUUGUUCUUCGAUAAUCAACUUGUUUCAUUCGGCCAUGAAUCGGUGACGGAAAAAGCUUUGAAUUUCUUUUGUUUUUUUUUCAGCACCUCCCGUCACCGUUCUCAAACCUCAACACUUAUCAACUAUUCCUAUUAAAAAUUCUAAAAAUUCUAAAAAUUCAAACAUGAUUACCAAUCUCAAUCUUAUCUCCUGCAAUUUCUUCUCACCAUCUCUUCCUUCAAGAGUCUCCAAACUCACAAUUACCCAUCAAACCCAAACCCAAACCCGAAAUCCCAAAACAAUACGCUUCCCAAUUAUCACUCCUUUCAAAUCUUACCCCAAUUUCAAUUCAAGCUCCAGUAAAAUGGGUUUGUUCAGAAAAUGGCGUAGUGCAUCGGGAAGCCAGACAACGGGAGACCCAGUUGCGGCAAACGGAAGCCCGGUUGAAGGUGAGAGCGGCGGAAGCGGCGGCGGUGGAAAUGGUGGGGAGGGAAGAGACUGGACGACUUCUAUUUUAUUGUUUGUUUUGUGGGCUGGUCUUAUGUUUUAUGUUUUCAAUUUCGCUCCAAAUCAAACUCCGUCAACGGACUUGUAUUUCUUGAAGAAGCUUCUGAACUUGAAAAGUGAUGAUGGUUUCAAAAUGAACGAAGUUCUUGUCUCUCUUUGGUAUAUUAUGGGCUUGUGGCCUCUUGUUUACUCCAUGCUGCUGCUUCCUUCUGGUAGAAGUUCAAAUAGCAAUGUUCCUGUUUGGCCUUUCCUAGUACUGUCAUUCUUUCUGGGUGCUUAUGGUCUUCUUCCAUAUUUUGUACUUUGGAAGCCACCGCCACCUCCUGUUGAAGAAGAUGAUCUCAAGAGAUGGCCUUUGAAUUUUCUUGAGUCGAAGUUUACUGCUGGGAUAACAUUUGCUGCAGGACUAGGUAUAUUGUUUUAUGGUGGAUUAGCUGGUGAGAGUGCGUGGAAGGAAUUUUACCAGUAUUUCAGAGAGAGCAGAUUUAUCCAUGCCAUGAGCAUCGAUUUCAUGCUGUUAUCUUCAUUUGCACCGUUUUGGAUUUACAAUGACAUGUCUGCUCGGAAAUGGUACAACCAAGGUUCUUGGCUUCUUCCACUUUCGCUGGUGCCAUUCUUGGGUCCAGCCUUGUAUCUCGUCUUACGACCAUUGCCAAAGGUGACUCCCAUUCCACUCAACUCUGCUGCAUCCGAACCCAAAUAACUAUGGAAAAUGUGAUUUGGCAAAAUGGAAACUUGGCUGUAAUGGUAGAAAAGAGCAGCUUUCAGGUACAUAGAGAAGUUUUGUACUUCAUGAAUAGUAGAUUAGGAAAAAGGAACAUCAAAUCAUUUGACGAAGUGUUGUUGUUAGGUAUUAUUAAUAUGUUUAUUUGAUCAAAUAGUGGCUCAAUAUAUUAUGCUUCGAACAGGGUUGAUUUUGGUCAUA